GUGAAGCUCAGGGUCGCAAUGUUGUGCAGGAGGCCGCUGUCAGACGGAGGGGCACCUUGGGCCCAGGGCAUUAUAUUUCAGACUUGAGUGGGAUCUGCAGGUGGAUGUCUUGGAGAUAGCUGUGGCAUGGCUCGGUGAUAUGGACGCUGCCAGAAUAGACAACCUGUGUAUUCUGUACCAGAGCUUAGAUUUCUUGGUGGUGAACAAGCACUGGGAUAUUCGCAUUGAUAGCAAGAUGUGGUAUGAGAAGCUGACCGUCCAGUCUCAAUUGAAGCACCGGUUUCCUGAGCUUGUUGACCCAGAUACAUACUAUGGGUUUAGAUUUUGCCAUCAGCUGGACUUUUCCACCAGCGGGGCUCUGUGUAUUGCUUUCAGUAAGCUGGCAGCUGCUAAGGCCUAUCGGUGUUUCAGAGACCGUCUGGUUACCAAGGUUUACCUGGCUCUGGUCAGAGGUCAUGUUGCUGUGAAGAGGAUGCUGAUUGAACACGCAAUUGGUAAAAAUACAAACGAAGGACAGACGCACAUGAUGUGUACUGAAGAAACCCAAGGUAAAGUAGGUUGUCAAAACCCCAAACCAUCUCAGACAGAGAUGAUUGUCCUUGCAAAAGGUUUUUACAGUGGAGAUCCAGUUACUAAAGUACUCCUGCAGCCUUUAACAGGCCGCACACACCAGCUGAGGGUCCACUGCAUGGCUGUGGGGCAUCCCAUAGUUGGUGACUUCACCUACAGUUUGAAGACUGACAGCAACCCUUAUCGUAUGAUGCUACAUGCCUAUUACCUGCGUAUCCCCAUGGAGGGGGAGCUCAUAGAGGUGACCACAGCUGACCUAUUUACACACAUGGUAGACAGCAACUUGGAACUGGGCUCGUGGGUCAACAACUUGCAUGAUAUAAUCGAGAGACUGAAAGGCAAGUCUGUGAUGGAGCAAUGUAACAGGGACAGCAUUCUUGAGAUUCAAGCAGAGAAAACACAGGUGAAGAAAGCAAGUGAAGAGACAGAGGAAGAGAAAGAAAAGUGCUUGCAGUGGUUAAAUGAAUGGACAAUGAAUUAAUGUUGGAAUGACUGGAAGCUACAUAUUUGCAUUUUCUAUGGAGUGUGGAGAGCCUGUGGUCAGUUAGGUGUCCAGUUACAUCCUCACUUUUGAUUAACUGAUGUUUUUAACUUGUUGGUGAGUCCAAUGAAAUCUGUUUCCCCUCCCCAGCUAAAUAUUGUCUUACUCCAGCCCAGCUUUUGCGAUCCGAUAACUUCACACAUUGACGCAGGUGAACAGAUUUUAAAUUAACUACAUUUGCAUUUAAAAUUAAUUAUCCAGUUCUGACCAGACUUCAAGAAAAUACAAUAGAAGCCACUGAAAUACUACACUCACUUUAUCGGGACUGCUUACUGCAAACCCAUUUCUCUCAAAUGAUUCCCUGUAGAACAAUCCAUUGGUUUAACGGAACAGAUAGCUCCUGUCCAUCCAGUGAGAUGGAACAGCUGCUGUUGACAGAUGAGCAUCAGUUUUGUUUGUGUGAUAACAGAAUGGAUGAUUUUUCUAUGAAUUGAAAUGUUGGAUUGACUCAUCAGUGUACAGAUAAAAAUCAUUUAUGACCAACUGGUCACUUGAUGGGAAAGGGUUUAUGGUCUGUACUUUUCGACAGCCUGCUGAUGAAAUGCCUUUGCUUCUCUAAUAUAUUUCAAGUUACUUCUAAAAAUAUUCAUCACGAACAUUCCAUCCGUAAGCAGCAGUGAAACAAAUUAUCUGCUUUUCUGUCCACUUGAAUUUUGAAGAAAAAUUGCUAUGGUUAAAACAAACACUCAAAGAAAUGUUCAUUGUAUAUCAAUUUUCUAGCCGGUGGAAUAGAUUUUCACUAUUGAAACCUGGAGCUUGAAUCAGGAAAUUUCCCAUCUUGGCAGAUCUACUCUAGUUUAAAGGGCCCUGUUUCACUUCAGGAGAACAGGGUCAAGAUUAUUUUGGGCCUUUCAAGCUCAGAAGGUGAUCUGAGGCAAUCGCAAGGCUGACUUAGUGCUGAGAUGGACAGGCUAAAAAGUGGUCUUGGUUGGUUUAAGGGCCGCUAAUCCUUCCAGUCCCAGUCCUGCCUAUCUCUCCACCCACUGACCUUUUCAAUGCUAAAUCAUGUCCCCUACAUGCUCUUCAGAACUACUGCAGUCUUUGUACUUUCUCCUGCAUACUGUCAAGGUGCUUGGGUAUUGUUGGAGCUGUACUCAUCCAUGCAAGUGGGGAGUUUUCCAUCACAGACGUGACUUGUGCCUUACAGAUGGUAGAUAGGCUUUGGGAAUCAAGCAGUAAGUUAUUUGCUGCAAACUUUCUAGCCAUUGCCUUGCUCUUAUAUCCACCAUGUUUUAUUUGUAGCUGGAUGUGUAAGACAGUUGGUCCUAAAGAAGAGAAUUAAUUUAGAACUGUUAAAAUUAGCUUACCUUAAUGAAAAGAGUUUAGUUCUAAAUUUCCAGACCAGAAGUGUUUGGUUGAAACCCUGAAAGGUUUACUUGAAGCUGAGAAAGUCGAAGUUCUUGCAACCUCUUCCGUCAGGCAGAAGAUACAAGAGCUUAAAGACACGUAACAACAGGUUCAAGUACAGCCUCUUCCUCAUAAUUACUGGAUGGCUGAAUGGACCUCUCAAAUUUCAAAUCUAAUGUUGACUUUGCUUUUGUGCAUCUCCUGUGCAACAGUAACCUUCUAUGCCUCUCUCUGCUUAAACACCCUUUUCACUGUAUUUAAGUACAUGUGAUAACAAUAAAUCAAAUCAAGCCAAAUAAAAAGUCCAAAAGAGGCUAUUAAAUUCUUAAGACUGGGAAUUGGAGUCAGAUGUAAAUUAAGGCCUGUUGAUAUGAUAGAGAAGGGAAUUCUCUCUGGUGUGAGUACAAUAACGGACUGUGGUUAGGAUUAAUUGAAUUGUAUUAGACUGUGUGUUUCAAAAUCUUUAAAUUAUAUAUGUAAAGUGUAUUCUAUUUUAUCAGUCUUAAUUUCUUUUGUGUAAUAAAGUCCAGCUUUGUUGUUAAAACCCCAUGUC